AUGUCGGCGCCAUCAAUUGCAACCAAGAAGGCGAGCUUAUCGCACGUGGUGGUGGGGCAGUUAGGCUGGGGCCUUGGUCUGUCUUGCACGCCUGCCGGAGUUAACCCCAAGAUUCGUAAAGGGACCACCAUCACCAUCACUCGUCUUCCAGAGCCGCCGGAUAUAUCGCUUUCUCGAUGCCUUUUCUCCUUUCUGUGUGCCAACCCGCGGCCGGGGACGAGUGCUAAGAAUGUAGAGGGCGUCGAGGACGAAAUUCAAGUGAAUCAGCUGACUGUGGAUGUCGAUGGGCGAAAUCCCGGAACCUUCAGAGACACCGACUACAAAGACUCAGCCCGCCACCACCGCUUCCAGUUUCUUCACAUCGUCUGCGAGUUCUCGAUACCUACUAGUUUUGCGUUUUGUCGGAAUAGUGCCAAAUACCCGGCAAUCAAGGACGCUUUCGAUGGCUCUCUGUAUGAAUUCGCUGACCCAUCUAUUAUCUACGUGUCAGUCGAUAAGGACCGAUCUUUUUGCAACAAAUUGAUCAUGCCAAUGGUCAACGGGCUGGAACCCCAGGAGCCCGUUUCGAACUUGGAUGACUAUGCAUACAACGUCGGACAAGGGACUGGAACGGCCGUUUAUCUAAUUUAUUCGCUCUUUUCAACUUCGACUUCAUUGAAGUCGAUACUACGAUCUGAAUUUCCCAGCACAGACCCGUACGGCAGUAUAGAUGUGAAACCUGAGGGAAACACCUCCUCCGACGAGCAUGCGGUAGAAUUUGCAACCGAGAUAGCGUCAAAGAGCAUCGGAUCUUGCAAAGGUGGUCAACAUUGUAUGAUGCGCUACGGAAAAACCCGCAAGGAUAUCAAGGACAACAAACUUCAAGGCACGGCUUAUAUCAACAUGUCUCGGGGAUUCGAAGGCGCUACGUAG